UCUGGGACUUAAAAUAGAGAUAUAGCUCUGAACAUAAUUUUUUCUUGUUUUAGUUUUUCUCGUCGAUGAUUUUGAUUUUUAAUUUUUUUUUCUUCGUAUGGUGUGUUAUCAUUUUUUCCGAUAACAAGAGUACAUACUCCAAUAGAGUGGUCUAACCUUUUUUUCCCAAAACAAAAAAUAUGUCAUUUUUUACGAGAGAAAAAUAACGUACGCACACGGGUGUUUUUGUGUGGCAGAUCGAUCGACCGAACGCGGAGUACUGUAUACGGAACAGUACCUACUCAUCUGGCUACGUGAACAAAAGCAUAAACAUGUCCUUCACACUGGGCAUCAUUAUCAUUUUGACUUCUAAUGCGAUUCUUUUCAAUAUUCCAACAUCGCAAGGACUCCCAGCUCAGGGAUACAAAGUUGCGAGGUUGAGUGACGUGCUGACGCCGCUUGAAAAUUUGACGUACAUGACGUUCGGUACCUUGCCGUCUAGGGUGUCUUACUCGCCGGCUAAUCGUGCGUACGUGGUGAAAGGGCAUUCUGGUAAUUUCAGAAAUGACUUGGCGAAAAAACGAAAAGACGAUCAGCGAAAGUACAAAAUGAUGCCGCGGUGGGAGUACCUACUGCGACGGAUGGUGCCGAAUGUCGGUUUGCCGUUUGGAUACCUCAAAGACCUAAUGGGAAAAGGAUCGAGCAUCAGUCCUCGGCUUUUAGGUUUCCUCGGCCAAGGCACCGGUGGAGAUAAAGACAAUGAUGAUCUUGACGAUGUUACCGAUGACGGUCUUGAUGAUGAUACCGAUAAUGAAAACGGAACUGAUGAUGGAAACGGUACCAAUGAUGAAGGAACAGGAACCGAUGAUGGAAACGAUACCAAUGAUGGAGAUGGUACCGAUGACGGAAGAGCUGGUGCAGAUGAUAAAGGAACAGGAACCGAUGAUGGAAACGAUACCAAUGAUGGAGGAGCCGGUGCAAAUGAUGAAGGAAACGACACCAAUGAUAAAGGGGACGGCACCGGUGACAAAGGAGACGGCACCGGUGACAAAGGAGAUGACACUAAUGAUGUAAGAGACAGUGAUGACAAUGGCGAUGGCCAAAGUAAACCGAAAAAGGAUGAUAAAGGUGGUUAUAAAUUUCCAUCUUUUCCGUCUAUUCCGUUUAAGCCGUCUAUGCCAUCUAUGCCGUCUUCAUUCCCAUCUAUGCCAUCCAUGCCGUCUUCAUUCCCAUCUAUGCCAUCCAUGCCGUCUUCAUUCCCAUCUAUGCCAUCUAUGCCAUCUUCAUUCCCAUCUAUGCCAUCUAUGCCAUCUUCAUUCCCAUCUAUGCCAUCUAUGCCAUCUUCAUUCCCAUCUAUGCCAUCUAUGCCAUCUUCAUUCCCAUCUAUGCCUUCUAUGCCAUCUUCGUUCCCGUCUUUAUGGAACAGCGGUAAUAAAAACGGCGACGGGACAGGCACCGACUAUAAGCAAAAGAUGAAAGACGUAUUGCAGAGCGAUCUUACCAAAUCUUUGGCUAAGUCCGGCAUCGGCAUGUUGCCGGGAGGAAAUGCGGCUAUGACGGCUCUUGAUAUUGGUUCGAAGUUAAUGAACAAAGGAGGCCAGGAUGAAGUUAUGGACGACCUAGUGGAAGACGCAGUAGAAAGUGACGUUGGUCAAUCGGCUAUAAAGGGUUUUAUCGGGUUUCUACCGGGAGGAGAUAAGAUUGUUAAAGCGAUGGAAGCUGGUUCGAAAAUGGAAAAAGCGACCAAAAAAAUACCGGGGAUAUGAUCUUUGGUCAACAGUAUAACGAAAUAUUUUUUUCGAAAAUUGUGUAACCCAACUUAAUAUUAUAUUCGUCUCAAAAAUCAUUGAAAUUAUAAUGGGAUUUAUUACCGUAACACUAUAUUAUUUUCGAUGACAGGAUAUUAUAUACGAAAAAUAGCGAGAGUUCUAUAAUAACUUCGUAAAAUAAUGUAAUAA